UUCCUUGACUGGAGCCAAAACUCUGUAUCCAAGUUAGUAAAAUGAAUGGAAUGGAGGCUGUGAUGGCAGCAUUCAGCUCUGUGCUAAGGCCAAACCCUGCCUCCUUUACCUGAUCCCCUUCUGUUCCUUUGGCAGCCCCCUGCAAACACAAGUGUUACUGUGAGCUGGAGGGAACAAGAGAGAUGUGAAACAAUCUGUAAUGUCUGCAGGUCCCAGUCCUCUGUCUUCCAUGGGGCUUCCUUGAGCACUUGCUGCUCUAGAAUGUGAAAAUCAGGCUGAGGUGGGGGGGUGACACCAGUGCUGCUUCAGCCUGUCUGGUUCACCCAUCAAAGGCCACGCUGUAUCUAAUUCCAACUUCAGAAGUGCAGCAAAGCAGUGAUGGUGGAGGGGACAUCAGCUCUGGCUGCAUGCAGCACUCCUGGGGGAGCCUAUGAGCAGUGAAUGAGAGCAGGGCUAAGGGGAGAGAGUAGGAUCGGACUCCUUGCAGGCAGAGGUAAAACAUUUUGCUAUAAAGGAAAUAGUUUUGCUUUCCGUUGACAGAGUCCGAGAAAGAAAAGCAGCCAUAUGGCUUCCACGGCCCCGUAGCCGGCUUCCCACGGCGCUGCCUUCAGCUGCCCAGAGCACCAGGCCCGUGGGGCGAAGAAGAGGUGAUGCCUGUGCCUCUGCCCUCUCCCCAGGGGCCUCGCCUCUUCCUCCUCCCCCCUUCCUGGCUCCUUCCAGCCAGCGCUGCUGGGAAAGGGACACAACGCGUCCCAUUCAGCGCUUGCUCCUGCAAAUACCGGCGCAGACACAGGGGGGGCUGCAGGCGCCGGGCAGCUGCAGGACGCAACAGCUUCCCCCUCGUUCCUUGCCGCCUCUCUGGGACCCAGAACCCGCUGCGUGAACCCCAAAAGGUGUGCGGGAAAGGGAUGGGGGUGGGCAGCGUGUUAGCUGCGUCGCCGGUGGGAUGUGACCCCAGCGCAAGGGGUGAGGGCGAGGCAGGGAGAACCAGGACCAGGCGUGAGGAGACGCGCAGCACAGUGGCUUCCACGUGUUUAAGCCCUGACGGCCCCCCCUGCACAAAGGUGCUCCCCCUAGCCCCGGCCCCUCUCCAGUAGCCUCUUGCUGGGGCUCGCUGAUGCCUGGCCAAAACCAACCCGCUCCUUGCUGCCGCUGAACAGAGCUGAGCAUUAUUCCACAGUGCGGCUGGAGGAGCUCUGGGCGCAGCGUGGCAGCUCAGGACGGCUGCUCCAAGUCAGUGCCCCGUGUGUGCUGGAACAAGCAGCUGUCCCAUCGGCUCCCCGGUGCCCAGCCCCAGUAGAUGCUGUUAGGGGUGAGAAAAGCACUGCUGCCAUCCCUCACCGCUGCCUCUCCCUGGCCGCAGGUGUCCGCACCAUGGGGCUGCUCCUGCUGGCCCUGGCCCUGGCUCUGGGAGGGACGGCUGCGGCUCCCUGCCCUGCAGCCUGCAUCUGCGACAACCUCCGUGCCCACGUCCUGUGCCUCAAUCGGAACCUGCCAGCCAUUCCUGACACCAUCCCCGAGCUCACCAAGCAGCUGGACCUGAGGGGCAACAGCUUCAAGGCGGUCACGGCAGGAGCCUUCCUCAGCACGCCGUACCUCACGCACUUGGAUCUGCGCAACUGCCAGCUGGAGAGGGUGGAGGAAGGGGCCUUCCGGGGGCUGGGGCGGCUGCUCCACCUCAACCUGGCCUCCAACAGCAUCGCUGUCCUCUACCAGGAGGCCCUGGACGGGCUGUCCUCCCUCCAGCAGCUCAUCCUGCGGCAGAACCACCUCGAGGAGAUGCAGCCUGGCGCUUUUAGCCGGCUGGCAUCCCUCACGCUCCUCGAUCUGAGGGAGAACGCCUUGGUCUACCUCCCAGACAUGGUCUUUCAGGGCCUGCAGAGCCUCAAGUGGCUCCGGCUGUCCCACAACGCCCUCCACGUGCUGGGCAGCGAGGCCUUCACGGCCCUGCCCGCCCUGCGCAGGCUGAGCCUGGAUCACAACGAGCUGCAGGCGCUGCCCAGCGAGGCUCUGGCACGGCUGAGCGAGGCCACGCGGCUGGAGCUGGGCCACAACCCUAUCACCUACCUGGCCGAGGAGGCCGUGGCCAUGGCUUCCCUCCAGCACCUCUCCUUGGAGCACGCGGCCCUGCAGGACGUGGCGCCCGACGCCUUCUCCCGCAGCCCCCUGCUGCGGACGCUGGAUCUGGCACACAACCAGCUGCUGGGUCUGCCCGCCUUGGCGGGGGCCGGGCGGCUGGUGAGGAUCAGCCUGGAUGGGAACCCCCUGCUCUGCUCCUGCCUCCUGCUCCCCUUCCACCGCUGGAUGGGACGGGCAAGAGUGCAAGCACAGGGGACUUGCGUGGCACCCCCAGCCCUUCAGGGCCGGCCCCUCAACUCCCUGCGGCCCUCUGAGAUGAGGUGUGGGCAGCCCCAGGCGCCCGUCUCCCAUCCCACCGUGCCCUCGCUGCAGACUGGGGGAACCACGAGCGGGCCGUGCCCCACAGGCUGCAUCUGCUCCCCUGAAUUCCACCAUGCAAACUGCGAGAACAGAGGCCUGCGGAAGAUCCCUCGUGGCUUCCCAACGGACACCCAGCUCCUCGACCUACGCCGAAAUGCCCUGGGGAUGGUGCCUGCGGGCGCCUUCCUGGGCCUGAAGGCACUGGUGUCCCUCCACCUGCAGAGCUGCGGCAUUGCAGAGCUGCGUCCCGGGGCGCUGCGGGGGCUGCCCAGCUUGGUCUACCUCUACCUCUCUGACAACCGCCUCACCACCUUGGUGCCCGCUGCCUUCGAGGGGGCCCCACAGCUCGCCUACCUGCACCUGGAUCACAACGCCUUCACGCAGGUGCCCCCGGGUGCCUUCCAGCUCCUGCCCAACCUCUUCUCCCUCCACCUUCAGCACAACGCCAUCGGGGAGCUGGCCAAGGGCGAUCUGGAUGGGUUGGUGGGCCUGCGCUGGCUCAGCCUGGCUGGGAACGCCAUCAGGAGCAUUGGCCCCACAGCCCUGGCUGCCACCAAGAUGCUGGAGAAGCUGCACCUGGAGAGGAACUCCCUGGAGGAGGUGCCCACGGCCUCCCUGCAGCGCCUGCCUGCCCUGAGCGAGCUGAAGCUGUCCCGAAACCCCAUCAAGCGCAUUAGGGAUGGUGCCUUCCUGCCGGUGGCCGGCAGCCUGCAGCACCUCUACCUGGACAACAUGGGGCUGGAGCAGAUUUCCCCCGGUGCCUUUGCUGGCCUCGGACCCAAAAUCAAAAGCCUGCACUUGGAGAGCAACAAAAUGAGCAACAUUCCUGACAUGAGCAACUUCACAGGGCUGGAAAUCCUCAAUCUGAGGGACGUGCCUUUCCACUGCGACUGCCGGCUGCUGCCCCUGUACAGGUGGAUUGAGAAACUCAACUUGCGCAUUGGGGCCACCUGCGCAUCCCCUGCAGAAGCCCAGGGGCAGAAGGUGAAGUUUUCCACCACUUUCCAAAACUGCCCUGGCUGGAGAGCCAGAGGAGCCAGUGCUGACAAGGCUAAGGCUGCAAGAAAGCCCAACAAGAAGAAGAGAUCAGAAAAACCACCAGCCAGAAGCUUCAGGAAAAGCAAAGCUUAGGAAACGCAUGCAGAGUGCUACAGGGCUGUACCUACAGCACGGCGAGAGCAGUUUUCUGGGCUUGUCCUGCCUGCAGCAACACGGAUCCUGUACAGGGUGUGAAGGAGAGAACAUGGCCACAGCAGAGUGAUGCUGACCUGUCCUGGCCAAGGAUGGCGGACGCAGGGCUUGUCUUUGCGGACACAGAGGCACGUUAUCCUGUAAAGGACUCGUGUGAAAGCUUCCAUAGCGAUUGCAAUGUGCUUUAUCUGAUGACUCCAACAGCAAAGCCACGUGCUUGCUUUACCUUCACAAGCCUUCAAGAGCCAUGUGGAAAAGCUGGAAUCCACAAGCAUUUUUUCUAUUUGACUGCUUUCAAAUGUUCAGAAAUGCUGAAACAGUCUGCAGCGGGACUGGAAGCAGCUCUAGCACAUCCCGCGCUCGCUCAAAUCUUAGAGGAGAAAACUUAAAAAAAAAUUUAAUUAGAGAAAACAC